UUAGUCUUUGUAUGUGCGUCUAUGUGUGUAUAUAAAUAUGUAUCCCUCUCUCCUACCCAAUCCCACCACAUCAAAAACACAAACACAAGCUAGCAGAACGCUUAGCUUCUUCGCCGGAAACGAUGGAGUGCCAGGACUGGCCGGAGCCGGUGAUUCGAGUGCAAGCUUUAGCCCAGAGUGGCAUAAACAAGAUACCAGAACGCUUUGUGAAGCCUGAAUCCGUGAGACCCGUUGUUCACAAGAAGCCACCAGUUGAUCAUCACGAUGACAUUAACAUCCCUUUGAUUGAUCUGAAGGGCUUGCCGGAGAAGGAGGCGGCGCGGCUGGUGGGAGAGGCGUGCCGGGAAUGGGGAUUCUUUCAGGUGGUGAAUCAUGGGGUGAGAGAGGAGCUGAUGAGGAAGGCGAGGGAGGUUUGGAGAGAGUUCUUCAUGCAGCCAUUGGAGGAGAAAGAGAAGUAUGCCAAUUCUCCGACGACCUAUGAAGGAUAUGGAAGCCGUUUGGGAGUGAAGAAAGGAGCCAUACUUGAUUGGAGUGACUACUUCUUCCUUCAUUACACGCCUCUCUCUCUUCGUAACCAAGCUAAGUGGCCUUCCCUCCCACCUUCCUUGAGGAAAGUGAUAAAUGAAUAUGGGGAGGAAGUGGUGAAGCUGGGAGGGAGAAUUCUGAAGCUACUGUCAUUGAAUUUAGGGUUACAAGAGGAUUUUCUAAUGAAAGCAUUUGGUGGAGAAGAAGGAGUAGGAGCAUGCCUUAGGGUAAAUUAUUAUCCAAGUUGUCCACAACCAGACCUCACACUUGGCCUCUCAUCUCACUCAGACCCAGGUGGCAUGACCAUCCUUCUUCCCGACGACCAUGUUUCCGGCCUUCAAGUCCGGCGAGCCGAUGACUGGAUCACCGUCAAACCCGUCCCUGGUGCCUUCAUCAUCAACAUGGGUGACCAAAUCCAGGUAUUGAGCAAUGCAAUAUUCAAGAGCAUAGAGCACAGAGUGAUAGUGAACUCAAACAAAGAUAGGGUUUCACUGGCAUUUUUCUACAAUCCAAAGAGUGAUUUGCUGAUUCAGCCUGCAAAAGAGCUUGUGACUGAGGACAGACCAAGUCUAUACCCUCCUAUGACUUUUGACGAGUACAGACUUUACAUUAGGACAAAGGGACCUUCUGGCAAAUCCCAAGUUGAAUCUUUGAAUAAUUCUUCUUCUUCCUCCUCCUCCUCCAAAUCACCAUAAUCUCAAAUAAUAGUCCAAAGGGAAAUUAUAAGUUGCAUCUAAAGAUACAGAUCCCGCGGAAGGAUAUUAAGUUCAAUUUUCUUAAAAAUCAGAAUUUUGAUUUUUAAAAUUUUGUAACCUAGCUAGUUCUUUUAAAGAUCUGUCUCUUGGAUGUAACUGUUUCUUUUUCUUUUUUUUUGGAAGGAAAAAAGCCAUUUCAAUUUGUCAUUAAUCAGUAUCAGAUUCAGGAGUGUUCAUGUCAUACAUAUGUAUAUGUGAAUUUUCUUUUAAUCGAUUUGCCUUUUUCCCAUUUUUGUUUA